AUGCCUCCUCUCAACACUUCUCGCCCCUCCCCCGUCACCUUCUUGCUGCUGGGCAUCCCAGGACUAGAGCACCUGCACGCCUGGAUUGGGAUCCCCUUCUGCUCCAUGUACGUGGUGGCCGUGGUGGGCAACGUGACCAUCCUGGCUGUGGUGAGGGCGGAGCGCAGCCUCCACGAGCCUAUGUUCCUGUUUCUGUGCAUGCUCUCGGGCACCGACCUGGUCCUCUCCACAUCUACACUGCCCCGCAUGCUCUGCCUCUUCUGGCUCGGAGCCCAUGACAUCGCCUUUGAUGCGUGCCUGGCGCAGAUGUUCUUCAUCCACAGCUUUACUGCCAUGGAGUCGGGUUUCUUCCUGGCCAUGGCCAUUGACCGCUAUGUGGCCAUCUGUGACCCACUGCACCAUAGCACCAUUCUCACCCGUAGUCGCAUCAUCAUAAUCGGUAUCAUUGUGGUGUGUCGGGGGGUAGCCUUCUUCUCUCCCCACCCCAUCCUUCUCAAGCAGCUGCCCUACUGUAGAACACGAAUCAUUGCCCACACCUACUGUGAGUUCAUGGCCGUGGUGAAGCUGGCAUGUAUGGACGCAGGGGCCACCAAGAGUUACAGCCUCAGUAUGGCUUCUAUCAUUGGUUCAUGUGAUGCUGUCCUCAUUGCUGUAUCCUACGCCUUCAUCCUGCGCUCUGUAUUCCGCCUGCCCUCCCGAGAAGCUAGCUUUAAGGCUUUGGGUACAUGUGGCUCCCAUGUCUGUGUCAUUCUUGUUUUCUAUUCCACAGCUGGCUUUUCCAUUUUCACUCACCGUUUUGGGAAAAACGUGCCAGCACAUAUUCAUAUUUUUAUUGCAAAUAUGUACCUUUUAGUUCCCCCUUUUCUCAACCCUAUCGUGUAUGGAGUAAGGACCAAGAAAAUACGGGAGAACGUUCUUAGGAUAUUAAGCGUCAAAGUUGCUUGA